AUGAGAUAUGAGCCAGAAUUCAAAAAGUCCCCCUCGCAUCUCCUGAAGAAAUUUGCAGUGUGCGACAUUCCUCUGUACGACAUAUGUGACUACAACGUCACCAGAGAUCGCUGCAAGGAGCUCGGGUGCUGCUUUUACAAAGGUGUCUGCUACGAGAAAGCAGUUCCCUCUUAUGUGCAGGUGUUUUCUGCCUUGAUCGUGAUCAUCGCCGGGGCCUUUGUUAUCACCAUUAUUUACAGAGUUGUUCAAGAGAGUAGGAGAGAAAAGGGAGUUGCUACAGAAACGUCUUUGUCAUCCAAGUCCAUCGAAAAAGUGGAGGCUUCCUCCUCCCAUGAGAAGACAGCGUCGAAGGCAACAACUGCUGGGACAUCGCAGAAGAGUGGUGGCAUAGAAACGGGAGAGGCGACAGUGACAAUAACGGAUGAUGAAGAAGAUGAGGAUUAA